AUGUACUGUGCUGACUGCUCCAUGUCACACAGGGUGAUCGAGGAGGUGAACAACAUUCAGGAGAGUCUAGAGAUCGAGAAGACAUGCAGAGAAAGUGUAGAAGCUUUGGUCUCAAAGUUGAACAGACAGAACCGUUCUCUGAAGAGGAAAAGUAUGCUCUAUAUGUCCCACCUUGGUGCCGAUGUCGUCGCUGAGAUCAGUCUGGAUGAUGAUGAUGAUGAUGAAGAUCCACAGGAGGAGGAGUCAGGUGUAUGUAGCUCCUCCCACUGUCAGAUUGUCAUUGCAGAGCUGAGGGAUAAACUAGAGGUGAUCCUGGCUGAGAAGAAGCAGAUUACGAUCGAUCUGGAGAUGACAAGAGAGCAGCUCUGCCAAACUAGACAGGAACUCCUGAAAGAGAAACAUGAUAAUACUGUUUUAAUAGCUGAAACAUUCCAACAAAAGAAGCUCUUGGGAAAAUACAACAGAGUUUCUCAGUAUGCUCUAGAUGAGUUUGAGGCCUUGCGGGAGGAUCUAAAGCUUGAGAGGGACCUGCGUUCUGAAGCAGAGAAGUUUGCACAUGAGAUGCUAGUAGAGCAGAAGAAGCUGAAAAGACAAAGCCAGAUGUUGAUCCAGAGUGUGUCUCCAACAGAAGCUCUGCAGAAAGCUCUGGCAGAGAUCAACACACUGACACACACUUUAGAGACACAGAAACUGGAGCAUCAACAGCAGGUGAAGGCUCUUGAAGAGCAGAUACACAGCAGUGAAUUAAAGAAGCAGCUAACAGCAUUACAGAGACAGACUGAACUGCUGGAGGAGGAGAGAAAAGAGUGGCAGCACAAACACACGAACGCUGAAACCGAGGCCAAAGACCUCAGAUUCACAGUGGAGGAACUGAAAAAGAAGCUCCAGCAGGUCUCUAAUCCACCACCAGCUGCCCCAGGACCCCCUCCUCCACCCCCGCCCCCACCUCCACUUCCUGCCCCCUCAAGCAACCCACUCAGCUCAUUACUGUCUAUACUUCGUAAGAAAAAAGAUGUGAGCACUGAAAUUGCAUUAGUGGAGAAGGACUCCUCUGAGAAAACCCCAGAGAAGGACAUCAGACAUCAAGCUGUGGAUGAAAUGAUGCAGCGAAUCAAAAAAGGAGUUCAACUCCGACGUGUUUCCCAGAGAACCAACAGAGCCAGACCAGGACCAAAAGAAGGGACAAAUCUUGCCAUACAGGAACUUCAGGGAAUCCUGAACACAGUCAAGCGUUCUGGCCCCUCCUCCUUGCCUGGGACACGCCCUCCUUCGCCAUCACCGAAGUCUGAGCUGGAGAAAGCCCUGCAUAGAAGGAGGGAUGCGCUGAAGGCUGCAAAGAAUAAUACGAAUUCCAGUACUGUUCUGGAUCUGCCCCAGAUUAAGCAAACCCAGCCAGAGCCAGGCCAGAACACAAGGGACCAGGACACGCUGCAACACACAACAACCACAGUAUGCACCGAUCAACUCAAGCCUUCAUAGGAGCUCAUAGGUUACGUUCAGCCAUAAUGUGACUUGACAGUGCCAAGCAGAUGUGUGGUUUUUUAUAUGCUCUUGUUUAUUUUAUUUUAUUUUAUCAACCCAUUUA